UUUGCUUCCCACUCCCCACUUAAAUCGGGCCAACGGUUUGGGGGGGUUGCUCCUCUACUCCCCCAGAUCACUUCGGAUUUUGGAAACCAUCAGAGAGAGAACAGAGGUAGCAAGAACGCCAGAGAGAAGUCGAAGAAGAGAGAGAGACGGGGUCAGAGCGCACGAACAAGCGAGCUACGAGAGGCACGGAGCAAAGUGAGUGACCUGCUUUUGGGGGUGACCGCCGGAGCGCGGCGUGAGCCCUCCCCCUUCGGAUCCCGCAUCGGACCAGCAGCGCUGACGGACAGACUGACAGACACCGCCCCCCGCCCCAGCGCCCACCUCCUCUCUGGCCGGCGGCAGACGGUGGACGCGGCGGCGAGCCGCGGGCAGGAGCCGGAUCCCGCGCCCGGAGGCGGGGUGGAGGGGGUCGGGGCUCGCGGUGAUGCACUGAAACUUUUCGUCCAACUUCUGGGCUGUUCUCGCUCGGGAGGAGCCGUGGUCCGCGUCGGGGGAGCGGAGCCGAGCGGAGCCGGGAGAAGUGCUAGCUCCGGCCGGGAGGAGCCGCAGCCGGAGGAGGGGGAGGAGGAAGAGGAGAAGGAAGAGGAGGAGGAGGAGAGGGGGCCGCGGCGGCUCGGCGCUCGGAAGCCGGGCUCAUGGACGGGUGAGGCGGUCGUGUGCGAAGACAGUGCCCCAGCCGCGCGUGCUCCCCAGGCCGGUGCCAGGGCCUUGGCUCCAGGAGGAAGAGGAGCCCGCCGAGGCGCCGAGGAGAGCGGGCCGCCCCGCAGCCCGAUCAGGAGAGGGAGCGCGAGCCGCGCCGGCCCCGGUCGGGCCUCCGAAACCAUGAACUUUCUGCUCUCCUGGGUGCAUUGGAGCCUUGCCUUGCUGCUCUACCUCCACCAUGCCAAGUGGUCCCAGGCUGCACCCACCGCAGAAGGAGGAGAGCCGAAAUCCCAUGAAGUGGUGAAGUUCAUGGACGUCUACCAACGCAGCUACUGCCGUCCAAUUGAGACCCUGGUGGACAUCUUCCAGGAGUAUCCUGAUGAGAUCGAGUACAUCUUCAAGCCGUCCUGUGUGCCCCUGAUGCGGUGUGGGGGCUGCUGCAACGAUGAAGGCCUAGAGUGCGUGCCCACUCAGGACUUCAACAUCACUAUGCAGAUUAUGCGGAUUAAACCUCACCAAGGCCAGCACAUAGGAGAGAUGAGCUUCCUACAGCACAGCAAAUGUGAAUGCAGACCAAAGAAAGAAAAAGCAAGACAAGAAAAAAAAUCAGUUCGAGGCAAGGGGAAGGGGCAAAAACGAAAGCGCAAGAAAUCCCGGUAUAAAUCCUGGAGAGUUCCCUGUGGGCCUUGCUCAGAGCGGAGAAAGCAUUUGUUUGUACAAGAUCCGCAGACGUGUAAAUGUUCCUGCAAAAACACAGACUCGCGUUGCAAGGCGAGGCAGCUUGAGUUAAACGAACGUACUUGCAGAUGUGACAAGCCGAGGCGGUGAGCUGGGCUAGAGGAGGGAGCCUCUCUCAGGGUUUCGGGAACCACACCUCUCACCUGGAAAGACUGAUACAGAACGCCCCAGAAACCACGCAGCUGCCGCCGCACCACCCUCACCAUCGACAAAACAAUCCUUAAUCCAGAAACCUGAAAUGAAGGAAGAGGAGACUGCGCAGAGCACUUUGGGUCCGGAGGGCAAGACUCCGGCAGAAGCAUUCCCGGGCGGGUGACCAAGCACGGUCCCUCUUGGAAUUGGAUCGCCAUUUUUUGUUUUUUUGUUUUUUUUUUUUUGCUGCUAAAUCACCGAGCCCGGAAGAGUAGAGAGUUUAUUUCUGGGAUUCCUGUAGACACACCCACAUACAUACAUACAUAUAUAUAUACACACAUAUAUAUAUGUAUAGAUACAUAUAUAUAAAAUAAAUAUAUAUAUUUUAUACAUUUAUAAAAUAUAUAUAUUCUCUUUUUAAAUUAACAUUGCUAACGUUAUUGGUGUCUUCACUGGAUGUAUUUGACUGCUGUGGACUUGAGUGGGGAAGACAGCGUCCCCACCCAGAUCCCGACAGGGAAGAGGAUGGGAGGAGAGACUCUGGCGUGACCUUUUUAAUCCCUCUUUGGGAGGCCAGGGCCCCCCUCUCUGCCUGGAAACAUGCAUGGCCAGGGCACGGGGGCAAAUUUGGCCCGCUUUUGGGAACACUGACAAACCCAGCCCUGGCUCCGAGCCGCUACCCUGAGUCAAAUGGACAGAAAGACAGACGACAGGUACAGGGAUGAGGAUGCUGGCUUCUGACCAGGAGUUGGGGGAACCUCAGGACAUUGCUGUGCUUUGGGGAUCCCCUCCAUACCUUGCGUGGGCAUCUUGCCCUCAAGGCUACUGCCUGGAAGAUUCAGGAGCCUUCACCUGGGUGAAGACCUACUCUCACCUGCAUCUGAGAUGCCCAGGAGGCCACUGACAGAUGUCCUGGCAAAGAGAAGAGAGACGUUGGUGGGAGGAGGAGCAGCCCCCUAUCAGCCCCUCCUCCUGGGAGCCCACCCUCAUCCUCAGAGGGAAAGGCCUCAGCCUCGUGUCUUGGGCCUCUCCCUGCUCCACAUCCCGGGGUGCAGCCCAGGAGGGCCUGCUGUCCUCAGACCAUUAAAACCACUAGCUGUGUCCCCCCAGGAGUCCUGGCUGAGUGUGUGAGUGGUUGACCCUCCUCAGCCUCCUGACCCGUCCCUUCCCGCGGCACAGAGAGAGAGACAGGGGAGGAUCCACGAGCCCAUCACGGAGGCAGAGAAAAGAGAAAGUGUUUUAUAUAUGGUACUUAUUUAAUAAUAUCCCUUUUUAAUUAGAAAUUAAAACAGUUAAUUUAAUUAAAGAGUAGGGUUUUUUUCAGUAUUCUUGGUUAAUAUUUAAUUUCAACUAUUUAUGAGAUGUAUCUCUCUCGCUCUCUUUUGCUCUCUCUUAUUUGUACCGGUUUUUGUGUAUGAAAUUCAUGUUUCCAAUCUCUCCCUGAUCGGCGACAGUCACUACUAGCAUGUCCUGAACAGAUAUUUAAUUUUGCUAACACUCAGCUCUGCCCUUCUCAGUUCCCCGGCUCCCCACCACACAUUCCUUUGAAAUAAGGUUUCAAUAUACAUCUACAUACUAUAUAUAUAUUUGGCUACUUUGUAUAUAUAUACAUAUAUAUAUAUGUUUAUGUAUAUAUGUGAUUCUGAUAAAAUAGACAUCGCUAUUCUGUUUUUUAUAUGUAAAAACAAAACAAAAAUAGAGAAUUCUACAUACUAAAUCUCUCUCCUUUUUUAAUUUUAAUAUUUGUAUCAUUUAUUUAUUGGUGCUACUGUUUGUCCGUAAUAAUUGUGGGGAAAAAGAUAUUAACAUCUCGUCUUUGUCUCUAGUGCAGUUUUUCGAGAUAUUCCGUAGUACAUAUUUAUUUUUAAACAACAAGAAAUACAGAUAUAUCUUAAAAAAAAGCGUUUUGUAUUAAAGAUUUUAAUUCUGAUCUCAAA